AUGAUGUCUCAGCAGCAAAAUCAAAACGAAAACGAAAACCUACCUUCAGUUCAGCAAUCUGGAGCUGAUGUUAAACCCUUCUCAAUAAGAAAUAUAUCUCAAAACUGGCCUUUUGAAGAGAAGCACUUGCAAUUGUGUCUUAAAAAUGGUCUGAAGGAGAAAGAUCUGUUUCCACCACUUGAAGCAAGCAAAGCUUCACACGAUGGACCACUCAAAGGUUGUUCCAAAAUUCAUUCGCCAAAUGAUGAUAAUAAUAAAGAAGCUGAUUCUUGCAAUGCCGAAGUGCCACAAGACAUUGUUGUUGAUGAGUGUAACAACAAAGUCAUCAACCACCAUUCAUCACAUGAAGAGGGAAAUCACUCAAAUCAGUCCAACUGCUGCAAUUAUUCUGGCGGUUUAUCUCCACCAGAAGACGCAUGUCCCCUCUCAAGUUCAACCAAUGUUCAUAAGAACAGUCCACCAUUGCCUCUAUCCUCCAAGGCAGUGAAAUAUGCACGCAAAAGGCGCAAAGGGAAAUGUCGUGAGCAAACGUUGCUCAGUGAAAAUAUUUCCAAGGCUGAGGCAGUGGAUGAGGAUUCAUGUAGAAAAAGUAGGAGUGAAGAUCGUGUCAUGGUGUAG